GGAGGAGGAGGAGGGAGCGGCGAAGAGCCCGGAGCAGCGGCGCUGACCUGCGGGAUUCCCUCCGGCAGAGCCUCCGUGGUCCCUGCAGCAUCCCCAGCCCCGCUCCGUCAUCCCGCAGCUCCGCCCGCGUUCCAGGCUCCCAGGGCUGUGUCCUGCUGGGGUUUAGGACAGAGGAUCACAUCUGAGUCACCUUGUCCCCUCUCUCCUGACUGCCGGGAUGUGGUGGCAGAGGCUGGCGUGGCUGCGGCGUGGGAGCUCCGGACGUCGCUGGCCAUGGCUGCCCCGGCGCCCCGGGCCCGUCCUGGCUGCCCCGGCACGCUGCCACCCCACGGCCCCGGCGUCCCCCCAGUGUGCCUGGCAGCUGCACCCAGACCAUCUCGAGCUGAGGUACGGCAGCACCGUGAUGCGCCUGGACUUCGUGUGGCUGCGCGACCACUGCCGCUCCGCCUCCUGCUACAACGCCAAGACCAAGCAGCGCAGCCUGGACACGGCCAGCGUGGACCUGGGCAUCCAGCCCCAGGCCGUGCGGGUGGAUGAGACCACGCUCUUCCUCACCUGGCCGGAUGGACACGUGACACGGUACGGGCUGGAGUGGCUGGCGAGGAACAGCUACGAGGGGCAGAAGCAGCAGGUCAUGCACCCCCGGAUCCUCUGGAAUGCUGAGAUCUAUCAGCAAGCCCAGGUCCCCUCCAUCGACUGCCGGAGCUUCCUGGAGACAGACGAGGGGCUGAAGGAAUUCCUGCAGAACUUCUUGUUGUACGGGAUUGCUUUUGUGGAGAAUGUCACUCCCACCAAAGAGGACACGGAAAUCUUGGCAAAGAGGAUCAGCAUAAUCAGAGAGACCAUUUAUGGCAGGAUGUGGUACUUCACCUCUGACUUCUCCCGGGGAGACACAGCCUACACCAAGCUGGCCCUGGACCGGCACACGGACACCACCUACUUCCAGGAGCCCUGCGGCAUCCAGGUGUUCCACUGCCUGAAGCACGAGGGCACGGGCGGGCGGACGCUGCUGGUGGACGGGUUCCACGCGGCCGAGCGGGUGCUGCGCCAGGCCCCGGAGCACUUCGAGCUGCUGGCCAAGGUGCCCCUCAAACACGAGUACGUGGAGAACAUGGGCGGCUGCCACAACCACAUGAUCGGAGUGGGGCCGGUGCUCAACGUCUACCCCUGGAACAACGAGCUUUACCUCAUCAGGUACAACAACUACGACCGUGCCGUGUUCAACACGGUGCCCCAUGACGUGGUGCGCCGCUGGUACCGGGCACACCGCGCCCUCACCGCCGAGCUGCGCCGGCCCGACAACGAGCUCUGGGUCAAGCUGAAGCCAGGCAAGGUCCUGUUUGUGGAUAACUGGCGUGUCCUGCACGGCCGGGAGGCUUUCACGGGGUACCGGCAGCUCUGCGGGUGUUACCUGACCAGGGACGACGUGCUGAACACUGCCCGCCUGCUGGGGCUGCAGGCCUAGCCCACCCUCCAGAGAG